AUGGCUGCAUCAAAUUAUUCAUUGAAGGUCAACAGACAGCUUUUGGAUCCCAGCUUUGAGAGUUACAGACUGUCUCUGGAUCCCAUACCAACUUACAACGUAGAGCUAGAUGCUGGUGAGAAACUGCCCGCCACGACGUAUUAUCCUUAGGUAUAGCAUGCUAUAAUUGCCAUUAUUUUGUUGACUUAGCUAGAGGGCUGACAACCUUUGAAGAAAGCAUUAAGUGAGAUUUGCUAUGUGAAUUUCAUUUCCCCCUAGCACGACCCAUAGAGGGUGGACAUUUUUACUGUUUUAAAGCUAAUUUCCUGCAAUUCUACGCAUUUUGACAUGGCUUAGGCCUAUAGGCCCAUGACCAGGGUGGAAUUUGUUUUAAUAAAAAUCACAGGUCAGGUGUAUUCAGGGUGCUUUCAACAUUAAAUGAACACUCACAAUUGGAUGACUUUGUUACUUUGCGAUUUUUGGGGGGAUGAAAUUUAAAGUAUGCUAAUAUCUUUUCAAACAUUUUCUUUAGGUGGUUUGACACUAUUCAGACAGUAAUUACAUUAAAUAGGGAGAAAGGCAAAUACUAAAAACAGUGGGAAGGUUGGAAGCAGAGAUUGAUCCCUGUUCUCAGGUGGAAAGUUUUAUGCAACGUGCCAGGGAGUGUUACCAAUACACCAAGGCUCUGCACAGGAAAUAUUAAUGUUUGAUGGCAGUGGGUAACCAAAUCAUAGAUUGCAGUCGUCUUGUCCAUAGAAUGAUUUCAAGAUAAGGACACAAACAUUUUGUAAUUUGGGUGAACUCUCUCUUUAAAAUAGGGCUGGAAGAAAAUCCUGCUUGCUCUACAGGAGAGUUGGCCACCACCCCUGAUCUGUUUCCCAAGUGCUGGGUGUUUGAAAAAAUGUUCUUGUUGUAACAAUUAAUUUCUCAAAAUCACCAAACCUUGAAGAAAAAUCUAAUGAAUAUCAAUAUGCAGGUGGUUGAUACCUACUAGUUGAAGAUCCUUGCUGUCAUCUUUCUCUACCUAGUCAAAAUAUUAUGCUUUAUGAGUUGCCUAGAAUGUGCAUAAUACUAAAAUAUCAAAUUAUAUUUGAUUCUUGGAGCAUUUAAUAUCAAAUGCUUAUUUGUAUGACUUAUUCAAUGAAUGACUGCAAAAUACAUAGCCUCAUAAUUCAUUUUCAAAGACACAAGUAGGCAUAUGAGAUUUCUAGUAUGUGAUUACACUGUCAAAAUUGGGAAGUGGAAUAAUUAAUUAAGUGUGGGGAAUAACAGCAGUGUUCUUGCCGACAAGCACAGUAAUUACCCUAUAUUUUAACCCAUUGUUAAGAAUGCAAAUUUUUCCACUGAUCAGACUAAAUAAAGUAAAUAGAUAAUAAAAUCUCCUGAUGACAUAUCUGCCCCUACACCCUAACCAAAUUAUUUUUCUAUUUAUUGUCACCCCUCUAGAAUCAAAUGUACACUUUUGUGUUCACAAUCUUUGACAAAAUAAUGUUCAUAGUUACAAAUCAGGUCACCCUACCAAACUUCCCUGCUAAAACAUACUGUAGGUUUGUCUGCUUCCUUUUUACAGCCUAAAUGCCAAUCCCUAAACGAGGGGACUAAUGCAAGUGUGGAUUAAGUCGACUUUAGUACAUGCUGUCAAAAGGCUGCAUUCUGCAAUAGGGACGGGAGUAAAAGUAACCUAAUUUUGUCUAUAACAUUGUACAUAAAACAGUGCUACCGUGCUACUGCAGCGGAGAACGUUCUAGCGCUCCACUCUAAUUUCUUUAAAACAUGAUUCCUUACAUAACUAGACCAAUCAUAAUGCUUCAGUGUGCCGCGGUUCACAGUGCUGCGGCAAGACAGGACAAUGAUAGAAGUUCCUCUUGUGAUGUUAAAUUGCAGGCGCAGAUGCUGCAAUUUCUAAACGAUUUGGAGCACAGUUGAAAAGUUAACAUGCUGACUAUACAGUACAAUGGACGAAUUAGACAAAUAGAAACAGUACUUUUCAAUGCUUGAGAAAUGAGGUAUGUCGUGAGAGUAUAAGAAAAGGGUCAAAUGCAUGUCUCACGGCCAAUGCGUGAGAGUUGGCAGCUUUGUAGCUAGCUAUUUUAUUUCUAAUGUUUGACUAUAUAAAGUAUUGCAAUAACUGCAAGUGCAAUACUAAUGACAUGGUCUUUGAAAAUCAUUAGUCAAUGUUAAAGGGAUAGUCCAGGAUUUUGAUAAUGAAGCCCUUUAUCUAAUGUCAUCUCCCCAGAGUCAGAUGAACUCGUGGAUACCAUUUGUAUGUAUCUGAGUCCGGUAUUAAGGAAGUUAAAGGUAGUUUCGCGUGCCAACAGAGAGCAAUGGCGUCUGUAGGCUCUAACUCCGCCAUGGCUCAUUGGCCAAAGCCAAUGAAAAAACAAAAACAGGCUUAAUAAUUCAACAAGGUAACGUUAACUGAUAAUUAAAUAAAUAAUUGCACAAAUGCAAAAUAUACACUUACUGUACACAGUUUUAACCGGUUUUAACAGUUACAAUCGACAGUAUUUCUUUCUGUGACAACACGUUUGUGGCGUCUGUCUUCUGUUUACACACAGGUGUUCAGAGACGCAGAUACCAAAUUAGCACAGGUAGUCAUCUGUCUUCUGUCUGUUUUGCAUAAGCAAUCACUGUAACAUGGAAAUAUGACUGUGCGGGAACCCUAUCCCUAUUAAGGUGUGUAGUAAUUUAACCUUUUUAUUCAUUAAAUUAUUAUUUCUCGUUGAUAUGAAAGAUGUGUUCUUAUGUUUCCAAAACCAUGCUGCAAGCGAUGCGUUUUAAUGUUUAAAGCAAGCGUCGGGGCUCUUAACAAAACUCCCCCGGCCAGAAGAUACUAUCGUCAAUAGGCGCUAAAGGGAGUUAGCAACUUCCUUCAAACUGAACGCAGAGACAUAAAAAUGGUAUCCACGAGUUCAUAUGACUCUGGGGAAGUGAAUAUAGGGCCUCAUUGCCAAAAUCCCGAACUAUAAUAAUAAUAUUAUGCCAUUUAGCAGACGCUUUCAUCCAAAGCGACUGUGCGCAUACAUUUCUACGUAUGGAUGGUCCCGGGGAUCGAACCCACUACUCUGGCGUUACAAGCGCCAUGCUCUACCAAUUGACCUACAGAGGACCACACUAUCCCUUUAAGUCAGUGGCAAAAUAUUGCUGAAACAAAUCUGGGCUGUAGAUUCAUUUUUGGGGAUUAUUCACUUCAGAUUGCUCAGACUAUUUGCCAUAACUUAUUCCUUAUACCCAAUAAAGAAGAAUUUUAUGCAGAAAAAGUAUUCUUGCUUCACAUUUAAGUUGCAAUAUCAGCUAUGCAGAAUGAUUGUACCUUAUAGGUUAUGCCAUAAAAACAUUAGCCUAGAUAAUAUUAGUCAAUGGUGUGGCACCCUCUUUAAAAAAAAUGACAUUUCACACUUUUACAUUACCUCCUCUAUAUAGCUGUGGCGGAGGUGAAACUGAAGGACAGUCAAUACACCCUGGACCAUGUGCGUGCUUUUGGCAUGUACAACUACCUGCACAUAGACCCCUGGUAUGAGGACAGUGUUUUCUUUGUUGACUGCAAAGGGCGAGUGCUGAAUCUUACGGUCACCCUGGUAAGUAAGUCUCUCAAAAUGCUUGAUGGGUAUCUUGUACAUUUCUUCUGAAAAGUUAAUGCUGCUCCACAGUGGAUGUUUUUUUCUUUGGUUACACCAAGAGCCCAACACCUCUCAAAGGACAUUGCUUCAGGUAUACCUCCAUCUAGCUUGAAAUUGAUGCCUCCAUAAUGCAUAGCUUUUGAGAAUUAUUAUUAGUGGAGCAAAGUCUAUCUGAUACUAAAAUUCUGACUUGUUCAUUCAAUGCACUGGUAAAACAGCACAUGGGUAACCUACUUCAUAUGUAUAUACUGUAUUCUAGUCAAGGCCUAUCCUAUAUAACUACUGCUGUCCACACCUUUUAUAUUCAAAUACUGCGCAUGUCUAUCUAUACACACACCAUCAUACACAUGACUACACAGACCUCAUUACUUUUUCCACAUUUUGUUACGUUACAGCCUUAUUCUAAAAUUGAUUAAAUAAAUGUUUUUCCUCAUCAAUCUACACACAAUACCCCAAAAUGACAAAGCGAAAACGGGUUGUAAGAAAUUUUAGCAAAUGUAUAUGCCCAAUUGAUUGGACAUGAUUUGGAAAGGCACACACCUGUCUAUAUAAGGUCCCACAGUUGACAGUGCAUGUCAGAGCAGAAACCAAGCCAUGAGGUCAAAGGAAUUGUCCUUAGAGCUCCGAGACAAGAUUGUUUCGAGACACAGAUCUGGGGAAGGGUACCAAAAAAUGUCUACAGCAUUGAAGGUCCCCAAGAACAAAGUGGCCUCCAUCAUUCUUAAAUGGAAGAAGUUUAGAACCACCAAGACUCUUCCUAGAGCUGUCCGCCCAGCCAAACUGAGCAAUCAGGGGAGAAGGGCCUUGGUCAGGGAGGUGACCAAAAACCCGAUGGUCACUCUGACAGAGCUCAAGAGCUCCUCUGUGGUGAUGGGAGAACCUUCCAGAAGGACAACCAUCUCUGCAUCACUCCACCAAUCAGGCCUUUAUGGUAGAGUGGCCAGACGGAAGCCACUCCUCAGUAAAAGGCACAUUACAGACCCACUUGGAGUUUACCAAAAGGCACCUGGUCUGACGAAACCAAGAUUGAACUCUUUGGCCUGAAUGCCAGCAUCACAUCUGGAGGAAACCUGGCACCAUCCCUACGGUGAAGCACAUUGGUGGCAGCAUCAAGCUGUGGGGAUGAUUUUCAGCGGCAGGGACUGGGAGACUAGUCAGGAUCGAGGGAAAGAUGAACGGAGCAAAGUACAGAGAGAUCCUUGACUAAAACCUGCUCCAGAGCGCUCAGGACCUCAGACUGGGGCGAAGGUUCACCUUCCAACAGGACAAUUACCCUAAGCACACAGCCAAGACAACGCAGGCGUGGCUUCGGGACAAGUCUCUGAAUGUCCUUGAGUGGCCCAGCCAGAGACCGGCCUUGAACCCGAUCAAACAUCUCUGGAGAGACGCUCCCCAUCCAACCUGACAGAGCUUGAGAGGCUCUGCAGAGAAGAAUGGGAGAAACUCCCCAAAUACAGGUGUGCCAAGCUUGAAGCGUCAAACCCCAAGAAGACUUGAGGCUGUAGUCGCUGCCAGAGGUGCUUCAACAAAGUACUGAGUAAAGGGUCUGAAUACUUUUAUUUCAGUUUUUGCUUUAUCAUUAUGGGGUAUUGUGUGUAGAUUGAUGAGGAGAAAACUAUUUAAUCCAUUUUAGAAUAAGGCUGUAACAUAACAAAAUGUAGAAAAAGUGAAGGGGUCUGAAUACUUAAAAAAAUAAAAUUAUGGUCUGAAUACUACGAAUGCACUGUAUAUAUUUAUAUUCCGGACUCUGACAUUGCUCAUUCUAAUAUUUCUAUAUUUUUUAAUUUCUUUGUUUUUAUUUUUGGGAUUUGUGUGUAUUGUUAGUUAUUACUGCACUGUUGGAGCUAGGAACAUAAGCAUUUCGCUACACCUGCGAUAACAUCUGCUAAGUAUGUGUACGCGACCAAUACAAUUUGAUUUGGGUAAAUCAUUUUGAAUUCAAUCACCUUUUGACAGUAUCCCUUUUGAUUUAAACAACACUUUCCAUACAUGUUUUCCCAUGGAAGAAGUGGUCAGAAAGUGAGUUUUUGUACCUGAAAGCAUUCAGUAGAUUAAGCUGCUCAAAGUUGACCCAUUUUGCAUACCCCACCAUACCAUGAGAUCCAUGUCUUCAUCACUGGAAAAGGUAUACAGUUGAGUUUGAUAUCAUUUAAAAGCUUACAAACAGGGUUGAACCUAUUUUAAAAUGUCUUGAUUUUUUUAUUUGUAUAAAAAAAUAUAUGAAACGUUUGAACCUUUAACAUCAAUUACAUUAAAAAAGUGUAAACUAAUUCACGUAUGUUGUAGCUUAAACCCUACUUUACAUCAUCUGAGGUUUUUGUGUUGUACCCGCCAUCGGUUGAGACACAACAUGCUAUUGAAUACAGGGUGGGUCUCAUUUCAGUCAUAGAAAUAGAAUUAAUAGAAUUUACCUAUCCCUUCAAACCCCUGCAAUUUAUGUGGUACACCAUUUAAAUUUAAAUUGAAUUGACAUUUUUACUUCUAAUUACUACCACAAAGAUGGCUGCCGGUCCAGCCACUGUCGAAUGUCAACUUAAAUGGUCAUGUCUAUUCUGAUAUCUAUAUUUCUAUGAUUUCCUAUGGAGGAUUGACAGUAUACUUUCAAACAACAGAUAUUCCCAUUCAAGUCAACAUUCUCUGAUGUGUGGACCUCCAACCAUAUUUGUGGUACCAUUUGAAAGUAAAAUUUUUAAUUUGAUUCCCAUUUUAGUACAUUUAUCAGCCAAAACAUGACACCCACCCUAUUUAAGAGCAUGUUGUCUUAACCGAUGGAGGGCACAACACAAAAAACAUCAGAUGUCAAAUAGGGUCUAAGCUACAACUAAUGCAAAUAUGAAAAAAAUCAGUUUAUGCGUUUUUAGAUCAUUUAAGUUUAAGGUUAAGAAAAUGACCAAAUGUUUAUGAAAGGGGAACUUUACCGCUAGACACUAUUUAGGGUGUUUUUCCAGUCACCAUACAUAAUUAUGAGUGAUGAAAGGUUUUUCAGAAAUAAUUAUGCACCAUAGUGGAAUUCUACAAUUUUUGCGCCGGGAGAGUUCAACCCGUGACGUCAUUGGUUGAUUGAGCAUGCUGUCUGGUCUAAAAAUGAAUGGAGUCAUGUUUUGUAGCAAUUAUUGUGGCCUUUGUUUAGCCAGUUGUACGAUCACGCUAGCAUUGAGUAAAUAUGGUUGUCCUUGUUUAAUAGAGCCAUUGGACUUGUCUCAACGAUGUUCCUAUCUGCCACGACAUUGCAGGAUAUCUAGGUUGACUCAUUUUUCCCUGGCUUUGUAAAGACUACAGCUGAUGGGAGCCCUAAUUCCUUGUCCAGUUGUGUUCGUUCCCUCCAAGGGAGGCUUUUACUAAAAAUGGAGGCCGUACUAGUUUCUACAGGUUCACGGGAACUAUGUUACCGUACACUGUCUAGCGAAGAUUGCUAAAUAAUUACAAUGGCUGCUUCUGAUGCUUCCUCUUUCCAAGAACAGCUGGACGACAAAACCGUAUUUGAUAUUCUUUUACAUAGGGACAUACAGCCCUAUUAAUUUGAGCCGGAAUACAGAAUCAAGAAUUUCGUGACCAGCAUGCAGCGACGGGGAGCCAUGGUCAGACUCAGACUGGUGGUGCCUAUGUGGGUGCUGUCCAGCCAUGCCGACAGAAGAGGAAUGUCUGUGCUGCAAUGAAUUUGAUCGCGGACAGUUCUUUUUGGAGAGGGUCACUGCAGACCAUGGAUCAUGUGUGUGACCGACAAUGAAAGUUUCAACGCACAUAUGGAUAGAGGGGUGCUGGAGACGUUCUUCAGAACCUCCAAGAUCAACUGGCAGCGGCAACCUAAACCAGCUGGACCGGAGGGAAAAUUACAGUAAGUUGUUUGGCUGUCGGUAGCUUGCUGUUGUUGUUUUUUACACAAGGCAGUGUCGUUCAGUACAGUAUAAUUUUGUGAUAGAAUUGGCCAUAACGUGGCUUGCUAGUACCACUACAAGCCAAGUUGAGCUAGCUAGCUUUGUUUGCUAUACCCAAAAUGUAUUGUAGCAUUUACAUUACAUUUACAUUUACGUCAUUUAGCAGACGCUCUUAUCCAGAGCGACUUACAAAUUGGUGCAUUCACCUUAUAGCCAGUGGGAUAACCACUUUACAAUAUGUUAUUUUUUUUGGGGGGGGUAGAAGGAUUACUUUAUCCUAUCCCAGGUAUUCCUUAAAGAGGUGGGGUUUCAAGUGUCUCCGGAAGGUGGUGAGUAGCCUAAUGUUAUAGCUAGAUAACCUAGCUAGCCUCAGUGCAUCUCAUUAGGAGCAAAACUGUAGAAAUGUUUUGAUGAUGACAAAGAGUAAAGGAAUGACUUUUGCUUCGAUGCAUAUUAGUCAUAGCUUAUACCUGUGUGUUCUAGCUAGCUAACGUGUGUCUGUGAGAUGUGUAAUAUACUGCAUUGUGCUGCUACAGUAGCAAUACAGACAGUACACAACAAUUGCCCAUGAAAGACUAAUAGUGUUGUUUUUUUGUCAUUCUCUUAGACAAUACCACUUGGUGGCCUACAUAUUCUUUUUGGAGUUUGGUCUAUGUGGGAAGAAGCUAGGCAGAGGACACCGAAUCCCCUUGCCUGCAUGUGUUAUUGGGGCCAUUCAAGCAAUUUAUCCCUCACACGAUGGACAGAAUGUUGGAUACAAAGAAGUUGAUGACUCGAGGAGAUGUGAAAGGUCUCAUAACAACAAUCUCCCCUUGUAUCAAAGUGACUACGAACACCUCACCCACACCAUAUGCAAGUAUUCCCUUUGUAGAACUGUAGUAUUUAUUAUAGGUGUUAGUAGUAUAUUCUUCUGCUGUAUGUCAUACAUUGCCACAAUUGAUUUAUUUAGCCUUUAUUUAACUGUUCCUGCAUAGUGCUGUGUAAACUCCCCUCGGUCUCCAGAGCAAAUAAACUUUGUAUUGAAUACAAGCCAUGUCUACUUAUUUGCUACAUUGACUGACUAAUCUACUAUUUUAUUGAAACAUCUUUACUUGCCAACAUUUUGUAUUUGAACUCCCUGCAUAAUUAUUUUUUUUGCAUUAAGAUUGUAGCUAUUUACUUUCAAAUAUGAAUUGAUCCAGAAGUUGAAGUCAACACUUUAUUUGUUUCUGAUGCAACUGGUCACUUGUCAGUACACUUGUAGAAAAUAUUAUAUAAAACAUUUUAUCAAACUCCAUUAAAUACAUAUGUACAAGAGCUAGCAAUAUCUAUACCACAGUGCAGUUGUGAGCAUACAGGCAUUCUAUAUUGGAUGUUUUGUUGGCUGAAUGUUCUUGGCAGGGUCCUGAAUGUUCUUCAGCUGGUGAACCUCGUGUUGGGCAAUGGCAGCUGGUCUGGCAGAACAUCAUGAGAUCCAUGACCUUGGACUCAUAGACUAUACACUUUGGCUCUUGCCAGCAGCGUGCAGUCUUUUCCUCUUCAGAGUCAGAUGAUGUUGAGCUUGUUCCCGGCUGAAACUUUCAUCCAAUGGGUCUACAUGAUCUGUACUAUUAAAGCUAGUGUCAAGAUCAUCAUCAGCAGCAGCAAGAUUAGUCUGUAGGACACACUAGUCCAGCGUUUCCCAAACUCAGUCCUGGGGACGUUUUGGUUUUUGCACUACACAGCUGAUUCAAAUAAUGAACUCAUCAAGCUUUGAUUAUUUGAAUUAGCUGUGUAGUACUAGGGCAAAAACCAAAACGUGCACCCCUUGGGGUCCCCAGGACCGAGUUUGGGUAAUGCACUAGGGUUUAAUCACUGCAACACUUAACAAAAUGCUACAGUUAGUUUCAGAAUGGAUGGCAAGGAAUAAGUUGGGGUAAAUAAGGUAUUUCUGUUUUUUAUUUUUAAUACAUUUUGCAAACAUUUCUAAAAACCUCUUUUCACUUUGUCAUUAUGGGGUAUUGUGUGUAGAUUGAUGAGAGAAAAACUAAUAAUUUAAUACAUUUUAGAAUAAGGCUGUAAUGUAACAAUGUGGAAAAAGUUAAGAGGUCAGAAUAAAUCAAAUCAAAUGUUAUUGGCCACAUACACGUGUUUAGUAGAUGUUAUUGCGGGUGUAGUGAAAUGCUUGUGCUGCUAGCUCCGACAGUGCAGUAAUAUCUAACAAUUUCACAACAUAUACCCAAUACCCACAUCUAAGUAAGGAAUGAAUAUAUAUAUAUAUAUACACUACCGUUCAAAAGUUUGGGGUCACUUAGAUAUGUCCUUGUUUUCGAAAGAAAAUAAAAACAUUUGUCCAUUAAAAUAACAUCAAAUUGAUCGGAAAUACAGUGUUGACAUUGUUAAUGUUGUAAAUGCCUAUUGUAGCUGGAAACGGCUGAUAAUUUUUUUUUUUUGAAUAUCUACAUAGGCGUACAGAGGCCCAUUAUCAGCAACCAUCAGUCCUGUGUUCCAAUGGCACGUUGGGUUUGCUAAUCCAAGUUUAUCAUUUUAAAAGGCUAAUUGAUCAUUAGAAGACAGUUUUGCAAUUAUGUUAGCACAGCUGAAAACUGUUGUGCUGAUUUAAAGAAGCAAAAAAACUGGCCUUCUUGAGACUAGUUGAGUAUCUGGAGCAUCAGCAAUUGUAGGUUCGAUUACAGGCUAAAAAUGACCAGAAACAAAUAACUUUCUUCUGAAACUCGUCAGUCUAUUCUUGUUCUGAGAAAUUAAGGCUAUUCCAAGAAACUCAAGAUCUCGUACAACGCUGUGUACUACUCCCUUCACACAACAGCGCAAACAGGCUCUAACCAGAAUAGAAAGAGGAUUGGGAGGCCCCGGUGCACAACUGAGCAAGAGGACAAAUACAUUAAUGUCUAGUUUGAGAAACAGAUGCCUCACAGGUCCUCAACUGGCAGCUUCAUUAAAUAGUACUCGCAAAACACCAGUCUCAACGUCAAUAGUGAAGAGGCGACUCCGGGAUGCUGACCUUCUAGGCAGAGUUGCAAAGAAAAUGCCAUAUCUCAGACUGGCCAAUAAAAAGAAAAGAUUAAGAUGGGCAAAAGAACACAGACACUGGACUUUUUCUUUGCAACUCUGCCUAGGUCAGGAUCCCGGAGUCGCCUCUUCACUGUUGAUGUUGAGACUGGUGUUUUGCGAGUACUAUUUAAUGAAGCUGCCAGUUGAGGACCUGUGAGGCAGCUUGACAUUUACAUACGUUUUCAGACCCUUUACUCAGUAUUUUGUUGAAGCACCUUUGGCAACGAUUACAGCCUUCAGUUUUCGUGGGUAUGACGCUACAAGCUUGGCACACUUAUAUUUGGGGAGUUUCUCCCAUUCUUCUCUGCAGAUCCUCUCAAGCUCUGUCAGGUUGGACGGGGAGCGUUGCUGCACAGAUAUUUUCAGGUCUCAAGAGAUGUUCGAUCAGGUUCAUGUCCGGCCUCUGGCUGGGCCACUUGAGGACAUUCAGAGACUUGUCCCGAAGCCACUCCUGCGUUGUCUUGGCUGUGUGCUUAGGGUCGUUGACCUGUUGGAAGGUGAACCUUCGCCCCAGUCUGAGGUCCUGAGCGUUCUGGAGCAGGUUUUCAUCAAGGAUCUCUCUGUACUUUGCUCCGUUCAUCUUUCCUUCGAUCCUGACUAGUCUCCCAGUCCCUGCCGCUGAAAAACAUCCCCACAACAUGACGUUGCCACCACCGUUCUUCAUCGUAGGGAUGGUGCCAGGUUUCCUCCAGAUGUGACGCUUGGCAUUCAGGCCAAAGAGUUCAAUCUUGGUUUCAUCAGACUAGAGAAUCUUUUUGGCAACCUCCAAGCAGGCUGUCAUGUGCCUUUUACUGAGAAGUGGCCUCCGUCUGGCCACUCUACCAUAAAGGCCUGAUUGGUGGAGUGUUGCAGGGAUGGUUGUCCUUCUGGAAGGUUAUCUCCACAGAGGAACUCUAGAGCUCUGUCAGAGUGAACAUCGGGUUCUUGGUCACCUCCCUGACCAAGGCCCUUCUCCCCCGAUUGCUCAGUUUGGCCGGGCGGCUAGCUCUAGGAAGAGUCUUGGUGGGUUUUCCAUUUAAGAAUGAUGGAGGCCACUGUGUUCUUGGGGACCUUCAAUGCUGUAGAAAUGUGUUGGUGUCCUUCCCCAGAUCUGUGCUGCGACACAAUCCUGUCUCUGAGCUCUAUGGACAAUUCCUUCGACCUCAUGGUUUGGUUUUUGCUCUGACAUGCACUGUCAACUGUGGGACCUUUUAUAUAGACGUGUGUGCCUUUCCAAAUCAUGUCCAAUCAAUAUAAUUCACCACAGGUGGACUCCAAUCAAGUUGUAGAAACAUUUCAAGGAUGAUCAAUGGAAACAGGAUGCACCUGAGCUAAAUUUAACUGUAUUUGUAAUUACUUUUAUUUAUUCAGGGUUGCCCAAUUGAGACCAGGGUUGUCUUCCCAAUGGUCCCUGAGUGGUAUUGUCACGUGUAGGAAGUUAUAAUGGGUCCAAAAAGUGUUCUGUUGCCUGAGGGCAACGAUGUGCAGUAGAGGGUAAAACAAAACUUUAGUCCAAAUAUUAUUUCAUUCAUAAUCAGAAUUCAUAACAGAGAUGAGGUUCCGUGGAGAUCCUCCGUUGACAGCAGGAGACUGACAGGUCUUUGUAUUGUGUUGACAGGACACGGCACUGGGGAAGCCCAGAGAGGUCUUCCGCAUUCCCUCUGACCCCAGCGCGUGUGAGGAGCGCAUCUGUGUCUCUCUCAGCCUCACCUCUGCCACCUGGGCAUCCCUCUCCGAUGGUGCGGGCAGACUCUACCUCCUUAGAACCAGCAUGAGGAGGGAUAAUUCCAGUCUGAAGUGGGAGGUAAGACUUGGACAUGCAAUAAACUCUCAGUCAUAAUCAAUGUUCAGAUAUUGACCGACAACAUAGCAGCCACUUUCUUUUUAGUUUUUUUCCUGGUUUUUGAUUUUGACAUCCCAUUUUUAUAAAGGUAGGCAAUUCUAUCUCACUUACAUUUUAGUUAUUUAGCAGACGCUCUUAUCCAGAUCGACUUACAGUUAGUGCAUACAUUAUUAUUUUUUCAUACUGGCCCCCCGUGGGAAUCAAACCCACAACCCUGGAGUUGCAAACGCCAUGCUCUACCAACUGUGCUACAUCCCCGCCGGCCAUUCCCUCCCCUACCCUGGACGACGCUGGGCCAAUUGUGCGCCGCCCCAUGGGUCUCCCGGUCGCGGCCGGCUACGACAGAGCCUGGAUUCGAACCAGGAUCUCUAGUGGCACGAUGCAGUGCCUUAGACCACUGCGGCACUGCACCACUCUCAAUGUUACUUACCUGGUUAAAUGAAAGAUAUCUGAUGAAAUGGGUACUUUGAUAGAAAUGUUUGUCAAAUUAACCUACCAUAAACCCUUUGGAAUAUAUUCAUCUAGGCCUGUUUUAUCUAGUCAGUCCCCCUUUAUUUACCAUUCUGAAGAUCAGGUUUAGCGUGUAGAUGAGCUUGAAAGAUAUUACCAACCUCUACUUAAUCACAAGCCCAGCCAGUUAGAAAUGUGGGUAAAGCUUUACAUUAACUCUAUCGUCAUGAAGCAUUAAUAACAUAGGCUACCCAGCGACAGGGAAUUCACAUUAAAUAAACAUUAUACAGCAUUAUUUAUAAAAGAUUUAUAAUGUAUUUGACAUGAUUAUUGAUGGUAUACAGUGGGGAAAAAAAGUAUUUAGUCAGCCACCAAUUGUGCAAGUUCUCCCACUUAAAAAGAUGAGAGAGGCCUGUAAUUUUCAUCAUAGGUACACGUCAACAAUGACAGACAAAUUGAGGAAAAAAAAUCCAGAAAAUCACAUUGUAGGAUUUUUAAUGAAUUUAUUUGCAAAAUAUGGUGGAAAAUAAGUAUUUGGUCAAUAACAAAAGUUUCUCAAUACUUUGUUAUAUACCCUUUGUUGGCAAUGACACAGGUCAAACGUUUUCUGUAAGUCUUCACAAGGUUUUCACACACUGUUGCUGGUAUUUUGGCCCAUUCCUCCAUGCAGAUCUCCUCUAGAGCAGUGAUGUUUUGGGGCUGUCGCUGGGCAACACAGACUUUCAACUCCCUCCAAAGAUUUUCUAUGGGGUUGAGAUCUGGAGACUGGCUAGGCUACUCCAGGACCUUGAAAUGCUUCUUACGAAGCCACUCCUUCGUUGCCCGGGCGGUGUGUUUGGGAUCAUUGUCAUGCUGAAAGACCCAGCCACGUUUCAUCUUCAAUGCCCUUGCUGAUGGAAGGAGGUUUUCACUCAAAAUCUCACGAUACAUGGCCCCAUUCAUUCUUUCCUUUACACGGAUCAGUCGUCCUGGUCCCUUUGCAGAAAAACAGCCCCAAAGCAUGAUGUUUCCACCCACAUGCUUCACAGUAGGUAUGGUGUUCUUCGGAUGCAACUCAGCAUUCUUUGUCCUCCAAACACGACGAGUUGAGUUUUUACCAAAAGGUUCUAUUUUGGUUUCAUCUGACCAUAUGACAUUCUCCCCAUCCUCUUCUGGAUCAUCCAAAUGCACUCUAGCAAACUUCAGACGGGCCUGGACAUGUACUGGCUUAAGCAGGGGGACACGUCUGGCACUGCAGGAUUUGAUUCCCUGGCAGCGUAGUGUGUUACUGAUGGUAGGCUUUGUUACUUUGGUCCCAGCUCUCUGCAGGUCAUUCACUAAGUCCCCCCGUGUGGUUCUGUGAUUUUUGCUCACCGUUGUUGUGAUCAUUUUGACCCCACGGGGUGAGAUCUUGCAUGGAGCCCCAGAUCGAGGGAGAUUAUCAGUGGUCUUGUAUGUCUUCCAUUUCCUAAUAAUUGCUCCCACAGUUGAUUUCUUCAAACCAAACUGCUUACCUAUUGCAGAUUCAGUCUUCCCAGCCUGGUGCAGGUCUACAAUUUUGUUUCUGGUGUCCUUUGACAGCUCUUUGGUCUUGGCCAUAGUGGAGUUUGGAGUGUGACUGUUUGAGGUUGUGGACAGGUGUCUUUUAUGCUGAUAACAAGUUCAAACAGGUGCCAUUAAUACAGGUAACGAGUGGAGGACAGAGGAGCCUCUUAAAGAAGAAGUUACAGGUCUGUGAGAGCCAGAAAUCUUGCUUGUUUGUAGGUGACCAAAUACUUAUUUUGCAAAUAAAUUCAUUAAAUAUCCUACAAUGUGAUUUUCUGGAUUUUUUUUCCUCAAUUUGUCUGUCAUUGUUGACGUGUACCUAUGAUGAAAAUUACAGGCCUCUCUCAUCUUUUUAAGUGGGAGAACUUGCACAAUUGGUGGCUGACUAAAUACUUUUUUCCCCACUGUAAAUGCACAAUGUAGCUUGUUAUAUGAAGCUUUACUAAAACUUCACUAACACUAUCGCAUCUACGCAUCUACCCCGUUCACAACAAAUGAUUCGCUCCUACAGACAUUACAUUUUUACAUUUUAGUCAUUUAGCAGACGCUCUUAUCCAGAGCGACUUACAGUUAGUGAGUGCAUACAUUAUUUUUCAUACUGGCCCCCCGUGGGAAUCGAACCCACAACCCUGGCGUUGCAAACGCCUUGCUCUACCAACUGAGCUACAUCCCUGCCGGCCAUUCCCUCCCCUACACUGAACGACGCUGGGCCAAUUGUGCGCCGCCCCAUGGGUCUCCCGGUCGCGGCCGGCAACGACAGAGCCUGGAUGCGAACCAGGAUCUCUAGUGGCACAGCUAGCACUGCGAUGCAGUGCCUUAGACCACUGCGCCACUCGGGAGUCACGUGGCUGUGGCUUGCUAUAUAUAGCAGGCAGACAAGCAUCGAGGCGUUCUGUUACUGUUCGAUUUAACGUUAGAAUAGGCAAAACGAGUGACCCAAGUGACUUUGAGCGUAGUAUGAUCGUCGGUACCAGGCGCCGGUUCCAGUAUCUCAGAAACGGCCGGCUUCCUGGACUUUUCACAUACAAUAGUGUCUAGGGUUUACGACAAACAAAAAACAUCCAGUCAGCGGCAGUCCUGUGGGCGAAAACAGCUCGUUGAGGAGUGGUCGAAGGAGAAUGGCAAGAAUCGUGCAAGAAAACAGGUGGGCCACAAACCGGCAAAUAACGACGCAGUACAACAGUGGUGUGCAGAAUGGCAUCUCGGAACGCACAACUCUUCGGUCCUUGUCACGGAUGGGCUAUUGCAGCAGACGACCACAACGGGUUCCACUCCUCUAUCAGCUAAAAACAAGAAGUAGCGGCUCCAGUGGGCACGCGAUCACCAACACUGGACAAUUGAGGAGUGGAAAAACAUUGCCUGGUCUGAAGAGUCCCGGUUCCCGUUGCAUCAUGCUGAUGGCAGACUCAAGAUUUGGCGUAAGCAGCAUGUGACCAUGGUGCCAUCCUGCCUGGUGUCAACGGUACAGGCUGGUAUCAAGUCCCUUGAUAACAAUUGAGCAACGUUUCCAUGCCCCGAUGAAUUCAGGCUGUUCUGAUGGCAAAUUGGGGUCUGACCCUUAACUAGAUAAACUGGCCACUGAAUGUAUAUCUUCUUAUAGAUGUGUUAUAAAUACUACAUUUCAUACCCACUGUGCAUGGAUUGAUCUAAACUUAGAACACAUUUCUGUCUCUGUGAACUAAAUAGACUUGUUGGUCGUGUGUGUGUGUGUGUGUGUGUGUGUGUGUGUGUGUCAGCCCUUGUUCAGUGAGGAGAUGGGGGAGCCCUUCACCAUCCUCCACAGCAUAUCUCACGUCCAGGACGGGGUCCACUCCAUGGAGGUCCUGCUCCUCCGCAUCCAGAAAGACCCGUCAUCGGACUCUGAUGCCAAGGGAAGUGGCUACUCUGUUUCUCUGGAAUGGAUCACAGUCUCUAACGCUGCAGAACAGGGUGAGUGGGGUGGGGCACUGUGUCUUUAUCCCAAAUGGCAUCCUAUAUUCCAUAUACUGCUCAUAACACUAGGGGAUGACAAAACCUAACUCUGCUGUAUGGAUGCUGGUAUAGUGUAUGUACAGUGGCUUGCGAAAGUAUUCACCCCCCUUGGCAUUUUUCCUAUUUUGUUGCCUAAUAACCUGGAAUUAAAAUAGAUUUUUUGGAGGGGUUUGUAUCAUUUGAUUUACACAACAUGCCUACCACUUUGAAGAUGCAAAAUAUUUGUUCUUGUUAAACAAACAAGAAAUAAGACAAAAAAACAGAACUUGAGUGUGCGUAACUAUUCACCCCCCCAAAGUCAAUACAUUGUAGAGCCACCUUUUGCAGCAAUUACAGUUGCAAGUCUCUUGGGGUAUGUCUCUAUAAGCUUGGCACAUCUAGCCACUGGGAUUUUUGCCCAUUCUUCAAGGCAAAACUGCUCCAGCUCCUUCAAGUUGGAUGGGUUCCGCUGGUGUACAGCAGUCUUUAAGUCAUUCCACAGAUUCUCAAUUGGAUUGAGGUCUGAGCUUUGACUAGGCCAUUCCAAUACAUUUAAAUGUUUCCCCUUAAACCACUUGAGUGUUGCUUUAGCAGUAUGCUUAGUGUCAUUGUCCUGCUGGAAGGUGAACCGCUGUCCCUCUCUCAAAUCUCUGGAAGACUGAAACAGGUUUCCCUCAAGAAUUUCCCUGUAUUUAGCGCCAUCCAUCAUUCCUUCAAUUCUGACCAGUUUCCCAGUCCCUGACGAUUAAAAACAUCCCCACAGCAUGAUGCUGCCACCAUCAUGCUUCACUGUGGGGAUGGUGUUCUCGGGAUGAUGAGAGAUGUUGGGUUUUGCCAGACAUAGCGUUUUCCUUGAUGGCCAAAAAGCUCAAUUUUAGUCUAAUCUGACCAGAGUACCUUCUUCCAUAUGUUUGGGGAGUCUCCCACAUGCCUUUUGGCGAACACCAAACGUGUUUGCUUAUUUUUUUCUUUAAGCAAUGGCUUUUUUUCUGGCCACUCUUUUUCUGGCCACUCUUCCAUAAAGCCCAGCUCGGUUUAAAGUGGUCCUAUAGACAGAUACUCCAAUUUCCGCUGUGGAGCUUUGCAGCUCCUUCAGGGUUAUCUUUGGUCUCUUUGUUGCCUCUCUGAUUAAUGCCCUUCUUGCCUGGUCCGUGCGUUUUGGUGGGUGGCCCUCUCUUGGCAGGUUUGUUGUGGUGCCAUUUUUUAAUAAUGGAUUUAAUGGUGCUCUGUGGGAUGUUCAAAGUUUCAGAUAUUUUUUUAGAACCCAACCCUGAUCUGUACUUCUCCACAACUUUGUCCCUGACCUGUUUAGAGAGCUCCUUGGUCUUCAUGGUGCCACUUGCUUGGUGGUGCCCCUUGCUUAGUGGUAUUGCACUCUGGGGCCUUUCAGAACAGGUGUGUGUAUAUAUACUGAGAUCAUGUGACAUCAUGUGACACUUAGAUUGCACACAGGUGGACUUUAUUUAACUAAUUAUGUGACUUCUGAAGGUAAUUGGUUGCACCAGAUCUUAUUUAGGGGCUUCAUAGCAAAGGGGGUGAAUAGAUAUGCACGCACGGCUUUUCCGUUCUUUAUUUUUUAGAUUUUUUUUUAACAAGUUAUUUUUUUAAUUUCACUUCACCAAUUUGGAUUAUUUUGUGGAUGUCCAUUACAUGACAAAUAAAAAUUAAUUUAAAUUACAGGUUGUAAUGCAGCAAAAUAGGAAAAAUGCCAAGGGGGAUGAAUACUUUUGCAAGGCACUGUAAUAAUAAUAAUAAUAUGCCAUUUAGCAGACGCUUUUAUCCAAAGCGACUUACAGUCAUGCGUGCAUACAUUAUUUUUUGUGUAUGGGUGGUCCCGGGGAUCGAACCCACUACCUUGGCGUUACAAGCGCCGUGCUCUACCAGCUGAGCUGCAGAGGACCAUUAUACCAUUGUAUAUGAACUACCUCAUUCUGAUAUCAAUGAUGAGGGAGUUGGGAAUAGUAACUAAGUUAUUCAGGAUAAUUUUGUUCCUCAGUUCAAUUAAACAUCUUAUUCAUAUGAAGAUAGAUCGCUUCAUUGCUUCUUUCGUUUCUCAGUGACAGUGCAUAAGUUGAUGAGGGCUAGCUGAUUAACAGGUAGGUAUGAAUUAGGAAGUGAGCAUUUGUGGCAUUUUUACUACCUUCAUGCACAUAAUUUCUAUUAUCAAAGGCCAUCAUUUCUGUUAUCAAAGGCUAGCCUACAGAAACAACAUUUAGUUAGUGUUUGGGAAAGCGAAAUGUGCGUUAAUUGACUUUAAUUUGCUCUAAUUCUGAUGUCUCAGCUGUAGAUCUGUCUUCCAAAAUAAAUGUUGCCAAGGAGAAUUGUCAUAAACUCUGGGCAUUCGCCCUGAAACAAAGCUACCUUGUAGUAAUGAUUAAAAGGAGGGUAGAGCAGAAUGAGAAAAUUAGACAUGGGAUGCAUCCCAAAUGGCACUCUAUUCACUAUAUAGUGCACUUAUUUUGACCAGGGCCCAUAGUGAACUUUAAUUACUUGGAAACUUCCUUUUGCCAUGGAAAAUGAAGUAUUUCAGUAUCGUCAUGAAACACCACAGGAGGAUGGUGGCACCUUAAUUGUGGAGGACAGGCUUGUGGUAAUGGCUGGAGCGGAAUGGUAUCAUUCCAUUUGCUCCGUUCCGGCCAUUAUUAUGUCGUCCUCAGCAGCCUCCAUUGUGAUACAUGUAUCGUUACAACUCUACCCUCAACGGUGCCAUGUUCUAUUAAAACAGCUGUAAUAAACAUGACUUUGGGUGAGCAGAGUGGAGGUUUAUAUCGGUCGUCUUUUAAAGGUUGGAUGUGUCUGAAUAUACAAAGUUGUUCUAGCUCUGAGGCCUAUAAUGGGCUAAUGUUGUGUCAAAUGGACAAUCCGCCAAUCUUCUCCAACCUGGCAUGGUAUAAUUUGAUAUGGAAUCUUUUCUUAAUUUAAAGACUAAUCAACGUUGAUAAGUAGGCUAUGUACAGUGGGGAGAACAAGUAUUUGAUACACUGCCGAUUUUGCAGGUUUUCCUACUUACAAAGCAUGUAGAGGUCUGUAAUUUUUAUCAUAGGUACACUUCAACUGUGAGAGACGGAAUCUAAAACAAAAAUCCAGAAAAUCACAUUGUAUGAUUUUUAAGUAAUUAAUUUGCAUUUUAUUGCAUGACAUAAGUAUUUGAUCACCUACCAACCAGUAAGAAUUCCGGCUCUCACAGACCUGUUAGUUUUUCUUUAAGAAGCCCUCCUGUUCUCCACUCAUUACCUGUAUUAACUGCACCUGUUUGAACUCGUUACCUGUAUAAAAGACACCUGUCCACACACGCAAUCAAACAGACUCCAACCUCUCCACAAUGGCUAAGACCAGAGAGAUGUGUAAGGACAUCAGGGAUAAAAUUGUAGACCUGCACAAGGCUGGGAUGGGCUACAGGACAAUAGGCAAGCAGCUUGGUGAGAAGGCAACAACUGGAAGAAAAUGGAAGAAGUUCAAGAUGACGGUCAAUCACCCUCGGUCUGGGGCUCCAUGCAAGAUCUCACCUCGUGGGGCAUCAAUGAUCAUGAGGAAGGUGAGGGAUCAGCCCAGAACUACACGGCAGGACCUGGUCAAUGACCUGAAGAGAGCUGGGACCACAGUCUCAAAGAAAACCAUUAGUAACACACUACGCCGUCAUGGAUUAAAAUCCUGCAGCGCACCCAAGGUCCCCCUGCUCAAGCCAGCGCAUGUCCAGGCCCGUCUGAAGUUUGCCAAUGACCAUCUGGAUUAUCCAGAGGAGGGAUGGGAGAAGGUCAUGUGGUCUGAUGAGACAAAAAUAGAGCUUUUUGGUCUAAACUCCACUCGCCGUGUUUGGAGGAAGAAGAAGGAUGAGUACAACCCCAAGAACACCAUCCCAACCGUGAAGCAUGGAGGUGGAAACAUCAUUCUUUGGGGAUGCUUUUCUGCAAAGGGGACAGGACGACUGCACCGUAUUGAGGGGAGGAUGGAUGGGGCCAUGUAUCGCAAGAUCUUGGCCAACAACCUCCUUCCCUCAGUAAGAGCAUUGAAGAUGGGUUGUGGCUGGGUCUUCCAGCAUGACAACGACCCGAAACACACAGCCAGGGCAACUAAGGAGUGGCUCCGUAAGAAGCAUCUCAAGGUCCUGGAGUGGCCUAGCCAGUCUCCUGACCUAAACCCAAUAGAAAAUCUUCGGAGGGAGCUGAAAGUCCGUAUUGCCCAGCAACAACCCCGAAACCUGAAGGAUCUGGAGAAGGUCUGUAUGGAGGAGUGGGCCAAAAUCCCUGCUGCAGUGUGUGCAAACCUGGUCAAGACCUACAGGAAAUGUAUGAUCUCUGUAAUUGCAAACAAAGGUUUCUGUACCAAAUAUUAAGUUCUGCUUUUCUGAUGUAUCAAAUACUUAUGUCAUGCAAUAAAAUGCAAAUGAAUUACUUAAAAAUCAUACAAUGUGAUUUUCUGGAUUUUUGUUUUAGAUUCCGUCUCUCACAGUUGAAGUGUACCUAUGAUAAAAAGUACAGACCUCUACAUGCUUUGAAGUAGGAAAACCUGCAAAAUCGGCAGUGUAUCAAAUACUUGUUCUCCCCACUGUAUUUGUAUAUAUUUGAAUGAUUGUCAAUUUCAUCUUCAUACUAUCGCAUAGCUAUCUUUCUCCCCUUCAUACUUUGCUUGUCAAUUCAUUAUGUUAGACUAUAGCUUACUUUCGGAAAGCCUAAGGUAGGCCUAGGUUUUUUUAAUACGUUUUAACGAAAGGAUAAAUAUUUACUCUUGUUUCUUACCUACGCUUGUGGCUUUGAUUGACGGGUCCUUUUACGGUGUUGUGCGUGUGAGAGUUUGCUGAUUCUCUCGAAAGGCCUAUAUGUCCAUUAAGAACAUUUCCUAAAGUAGCCUGUUUGGAAUCCAUCUCUUUAAUAAGAAUCAAACGUCAUGAUUUAAUCUUGUAAAAGUCCUAUUUUCACUUGCUUAGGAUACAUUAUUAAUCUCAUUACGGCGUCCUCUCUUUGAAGAACAUGGACAAAGUAGGCAUAUACAUUUUAUUUAAUAAUAUUAAUAAUAAUCUUGUCAUGCGUUAAUGUUGUGUCAAUACGAAAAAGCAACAGAUCAAUUUCUUCAUUUGUAGAUUCAUAUUAUUUAUAUUUAUUUAUUCAUAAGUAAUAACCUGAAUAAUAAUAAUAAUAAAAUGCCAUAAUGACGAAGUGUAAUGGCUUGUUUAAAAUACGUUUUUAUUAAGAAGCAUAUCCAUGUAAACAAGUGUACAAACAGAAUUGUGACCUCCCCUUUUUACAUAGGGCCUUAUAGGCCUAAGACAACAGUAACAUACAUUUAAACAAAAUGGACACAUCAAAAACAAAUAGAAAAAUAAAGGAAAAUGGAAAUAAAAGGAAAAACCAGUAACAAAGUGUAAUGCAAUAGUGAAAUUGCAUAAGAGUUGAGUCAAGUCACAAGUCUUUUCAAGUCAAGUCUCAUGUCAAGUAAAAAAAAAAAAUCUAUACAUGCAAUAACUUUUUCAACUACAAAUCUUUGUCUAUAUAUUGAGGCUAUCAGAUUGCCCUUUACAUUAUUUUGUCUACAACCUAUUUUGAUUAUGUAAUAAUUAAUUUUUAACAACAAAUUCCAAAUGCAAGCUUUUUCAAGCAAAUUUGACAUACCAAAAGACAAGUAGGCCUAUGCUGGUAAUUGUUACUUCAUGCCUCAUUGCUGCUGAGUUUGCAAAGUAAACAGUUAAUAUUUGUUGUUCACCCAAAAAGUUUGGAGCUGCAUAUAUAUUUAUGGAAAUCCCCUCUCCAUACAAUUAGCCGUUUGCAGCAAUCUAUUCACUAGCUCACACGAUCUGUGUUGAUUGACAGUUUGCUGGUCAUUUCACUAGCCAAUCGGUUGCACGUUUUUUUUGCAAGUACGAUGCUGCGGCUACUGUCUUUGGCUGCAUGGAGAGUAAUCCACAGAGAUUCUGUGCCACAAAAUGAUUGACAAAAUGUUACAAAACCUGGCCAAAUUUGUCAUCGGUCUCAAGUCAAAGACGAGUCCUGAGUCUUGAAGAAAUCAGGUCUCAAGUUAUUUUCUUUUCUAUUAAGUCAAGUCUCAAGUCAUCAAAUGUGUGACUCGGGCCAGACUCGAGCCCAAGUCAUGUGACUCAGGCCAGACUCGAGCCCAAGUCAUGUGACUCGGGCCAGACUCGAGAAGUUGCAGAGAGAAUAUAUUUUUAUUUUGAGUCUGAUAUGUGCCAAAUUGCCAGGUAGGAGAAUUAAACCUGUAAAUUGCAAUCAAAUCACUCUAAUAAUGCUUGAACAUGUAUUCUGUGUGUGCUGUAUCGGCCAUUUUCAGGUCAGGAGAAGAAGUACAAGGUAAGGAAGAGGAGGGAGCUGAGGGGGAAGUCAGUGCCCCACUAUGCAGCGGUGGAGCCCCAUGGGAAAGGGCUAAUGGUGGCCUCGGAGAAACCCUUUGUUUUCACACACGUGGACGGGGCACUGCUGGAGCAGCCUGCGGCAGAGGCCAUGGAGGUGGAGUCGAGUGCUGGUAGGUCAAUGCUACAGGUCAUAGGUCAAAGCUGCAUAGAAAAUAUAACAAAUGAAGAAACUGUUUAAGUUUGCUAUUUUUUCAACUGCUCAGGAUUGGAUAGAACAUCAAAAGGUGCUGUAACAGGGUUUGCGAUUGAUCACAAUUUGUAUUUGAGAUUGGACGUGCGUGCGUGCGUAUAUGAUAAGCAUCGGUUGCCAGGGAAAUAACAUCAUGAAAUAGGUGACAGACAACAUUAGACUAAAUUCAGUGAUUUUUGUAUUCUAAAUACAUUGUCAUCCCAGUGUCUUGAGUUUUGUGGCCCUUUGGUGUUUGAAAUCAUGAUUCAUGGACCAGGGGCCUCAUUUAUCAAAGGUUCUAAAUCUUGCGUGUGCCAGUUUUCCCUCCAAGGUUGGUAUUUAUCAAUUUUGAACUUGGCGGGAAAUUGCGUGUAUCUCCACGCAAAUCUCUGACCACAACUUCUAGUAGUUGAAGAAUUGUAUUGUAAGCAAAUAUCGUUAUUUUGGGGGAAAUUUAGGUUUUUGCUGCUCGGGAAUUAUAAUAGGCCUAAUGGUAGGCUAAUAAAAACAUAUGCUAAUGAUAAACCAGAUGCAUUUGCCGUUGGUAAGGAGAUUGCAUAGCAGCAUGUAGCCUAAUAUGUUUCUUUGAGUUUUAUUAUAUGGGCCUAAAUCAUAAUCAUAUUUUCUGACAUGACUGGUUUAUUCCCCCUCCACAACUGAUAUUAGGCUAUCAUUUAUCCAUCGCUCAUUCAAUAGCCAAGCAUGCUCGAAAGUAAUAGACCGGUAGCCUAGACAGUAUAUAUGGAUAGGCUGCAGUAUUGCUGUGAGAUAGGAUGGCGCCAUAAUAGCCUACUUAAUCUCUGAGCCUAUACCAAGAAAGGAGAUAGAAACACAAUCAUCUAUUGACAAACAAAAUAUUGAACAACAAUUUAGAUUUUGCGUAGUGUGGGCUGUAGCAUUUUGUUUUAAAUUGUUUGAAUAGACAAUCAAUCAUGCAGAAUGUGCGGCCAGUGUUUGGCAGUCGCUAUAAUUUGUGUAGUGACUUUUUGUAGUUUAAAACAUUCUCCCCACACCUCUACAGAAAUGUGAUUAAAGUUGCUAUUCCAAUUUCCUUUAGAAAUGGAAAUGUCCCAGUUCCAACUUUUCCAAAUCAUGUUGCAAAUGAGGGCGUUUUUGUUACCAUAAAAGGUGAACAGUGUGACAUUUUGGUAAAUCCCAAUAAUUUGUGGCGCACACAAAUCCUAGAAUCUCCACGUACACCAGAAUUUUUAAAGAAAUGUAUGCACGGUUGAUAAAUAAGGCCCCUGGUUCAGUCUUUGCUGUAAAAUACAUGCAAAUGAGAGAGACCAUGGUAUUCAGGUACUAGGAGCAAGGAGAGAGGGAGAAGGAGAGAGGGAGAGCGAGAGAGGGAGAAGGAGAGCGAGAGGGGGAGUGAGAGAGGGGGAAAAGGAGCAAGAAGAGGGAGGGAGAGAGAGAGAGCGCUCUCCUCAUUAUUUUCUUAAAGCCCAGCCAGACCGAGAUUUUGCCUGAGUUGACUAGAUCAACAGGAAAGGGAGAUAAUGAACUUGUGUCAAUGCUGCAGAUCGCCUCCAGGCGAAUUGGUACAAAUUCUAUAAUAAGGUUUUGCCAGCAAAUAUGAUAAUGGUGUGGGUGGGUAUAUGAUGACUCAAUCCACAAUGGACUCCUCUCCUUUCCAUCUCCCCAUAAUUAUUUGGCGCUGAGGUUGUUCCUCUGUCUCUUGGUGAAAUAAAAUUUGGCAGCCUCCUGACAAUUAUGUUGACUGCCUCUCUGGCAGUGGAUUGAGUUUGUCAGUUGGAACCAGCCAGGAACAGGUGAAUAAAGAGAACCUUAUGAGCCAAUGACCCUGUGAGUUUUAUCAGGGUGAAUAGCAGUGACUGUGCUGUUGGGCAGUUGUGUAAAGUAACGAAGUAGAAAUACUUCGUUACUGUACUUAAGUAGUUUUUUUGGGUAUCUGUACUUUACUAUUUAUAAUUCUGUCGAGUUUUACUUUUACUACACUAAAAAAAUAUAUAUAUAUAUACUUUUACUCCGAUACAUUUCCCCUGACACCUUCGUUACUCGCUACAAAAUUUAAUCAAACUGAAGCUGGAAGAAAAAAACCAAAUCAUGUUGGAAAAAAGAUGCAAGCAACAUCGGCGAGUCGGCACACUCAUGGGUGAACUUGUUUUGCAAUACAGCAGGCGACGACAUGCAGAGUUGAUCCAAUCAUCAGUUUUGGCAAAUCCAAGGGUCCUAAAGUGCAAACCCAACCACCGGGAUUCUGUUACUUGCAAAACAGUUAUCCACUCGCACAAUCAUGUCCAGCAUCGCUCUACCACCACCUCCUGAUAAGGACGAACACCCUUGGCUGUAUCUAAAAGACAUGCUUUUAUUUUCUCGGAAUGAAGUAUUCAUCGUACCGGAUGAAACGUAUGUUAUGUUUACCAAAAGUUCAGGAAAAACUAACGUUGAAGAACUCCCCUUCGAACCUAAAAAAACACAUUGAGGUAAGCCUACUGUUAGCUUGCUAGAAUAACGUUAGCUUAGCAUGCUAGCUAACAUUAGCUAAACUAGCUAGCCCACAUUUGCUAAUGCAACAAGCAGUGUUAGUUGAUGCUAGCUCAUCCUAUAUACCUAAAUAGUUCACCAGCUAGUAGGAACCUACUUUAGCUGGCUAAAAUGUGCCCAGAUUCGGAAGCUUUGUUAGCUAAUGCAAUCUAACUAAACUGACACGAGCUAACUAGCUAGCUUGUUAACAACUAGUAGUUUACGAAUCUGGGCACAUUUUAGUCAGCUAACGUUAGUCUAGCCAAAGACAAUUUCUUUAAAUACCUGGUCAAGCUAGCUAGCUAACUAAUGUUAGCUUUCGGGUGUUAGCUAGCCAUAUUCCUUAUGUUAGUUGAUAAAAUUGUUCUUACCUAGCUAAUUACUGUAGACUUAAGUUAUUGACAUAACGUUAACCUAACAGCUAGAUCAAUUAACAGUUUUUUUCUCAUUGUAAUAUUAAAUGGUGGUCACAAACUCUCACUUAACUAAUGUUGUUUAUGCUUUAAAAUUAGGAUCCUAUAUCUUAAGUAUUUGGUGAUGGUAGUUAUGUAGCUAAGUAACUGUCUUUCUCUUUUCCUUUUCUUCUUAUUUCAGAGAAAGCAUGUACACCAUCUUAAGAAGUAUGGAGAACUGAUGGAAAACACACUGAAGAGAACAUGCCCCUAAGACUCCCUCCACCAUCAAGCAGAGCACAUUACUGAAGACAGUGUCUCAAAAAAAUUCAUCGACAAAGAAGUAUGUGGUCCAAGUGCUCCAACCAUUCACUGUUGUAGAACAAGAACCGUUCAGAGAGUUUGUCCAGGAUCUGCAGCCUAACUCAAAGAUCUUAUCAAGGCCUACACUGUGCUCCAGGAUUGAUGAAGCCUCCACGGAAAUGAAGAAGGUGACUGAGGCCAUGAGAGGAGUUGACCACAUUGCCACCACCACCGACUGCUGGUCUGCAAGAAGACGUAGCUUCAUUGGUGUUACAGCCCACUGGAUAGACCCUGACAGUCUCAACAGAUGCUUUGCAGCCCUGGCCUGUAAACGGUUGAGAGGAUCGCACACCGUUUGAUGUGUUGGCAGUCGCCCUAAAUGACAUCCAUUCUGAGUUUGAAAUCCGGGGUAAGAUUGUGAGAACAACAACAGACAAUGGCUCUAACUUCUUGAAAGCUUUCCAAGUUCUUGGAGAAGAUGAAAAAAACGAGGCAGUGGGUGGUGAAGCAGCUCAGCCAGGACAGGAAGAUGGUGAAGAGGAACAAGAGGAGAGUGAAGAAGUGGAGUUGGUUGAUGUGGCAACGGUCCUGAAUGAAGAUGAUGGUUUGGAGUACCAGCUGCCAAAGCACCAGCGCUGUGCUUGCCAUCUACUCAACUUCAACAUCAUUGACAGCGCCGGAGAAGAUGGCUGCCGUUUUACAGCCCUCUAACCAAUUGUACUAUUAUGUGUGUUUUUCCGUGUUAUUUGUAAUUUAUUUUGUACAUAAUGUUUCUGCCAUCGUCUCUUAUAACCAAAAAUAGCUUCUGGAUAUCAGGACAGCGAUUACUCACCUCGUAUUGGACGAAGAUUUUUUCUUCAACGAGGCGGCCGCGAAGGAUAUCAUACAGACACCCGACAAGGCCCAAAUCCCCGUCAUUCACGUGAGGAAGAGACGGAGAUAUCGUGGACGUAGAUUGGGGUGCCUUGUAAGGAUCCGACGGCGAGCGAGUAAACUGCCUCUUCCAUCAAUCCUAUUAGCCAAUCUUCAAUCAUUGGAUAACAAAUUGGAUGACCUAAGAUUACGGUUAUCCUACCAACAUGACAUUAAAAACUGUAAUAUCUUAUGUUUCACGAGUCGUGGCUGAACGACAACAUGGAUAACAUACAGCUAGCGGGCUAUACGCUACAUCGGCAGGAUAGAACGGCUGACUCCGGUAAGACAAGGGGUGGCGGUCUGUGUAUAUUUGUAAACAACAGCUGGUGCAGAAAAUCAAGUACUAAGGAAGUCUCAAGGUUUUGCUCGCCUGAGGUAGAGUAUCUUAUGAUAAGCUGUAGACCACACUAUUUACCAAGAGAGUUUUCAUCUAUAUUUUUCAUAGCUGUGUAUUUACCACCACAAACCAAUGCUGGCAUUAAGAUUGCACUGAAUGAGUUGUACAAGGCCAUAAAUUAACAGGAAAACGCUCAUCCAGAUGCAGCGCUCCUAGUGGCCGGGGACUUUAAUGCAGGGAAACUUAAAUCCGUUCUACCUAAUUUCUAAUUAAUUUCCAAACUCUAGACCACCUUUACUCCACACACAGAGACGCAUACAAAGCUCUCCCUCGCCCUCCAUUUGGCAAAUCUGACCAUAACUCUAUCCUCCUGAUUCCUGCUUAUAAGCAAAAACUAAAGCAGGAAGCACCAGUGACUCGGUUAAUAAAAAAGUGGUCAGAUGACGCAGAUGCUAAGCUACAGGAAUGUUUUGCUAGCACAGACUGGAACAUGUUCCGUGAUUCUUCAGACAGCAUUGAGGAGUACACCACAUCAGUCACUGGCUUCAUCAAUAAGUGCAUCGAUGAUGUCGUCCCCACAGUGACCGUACGUACAUACCCCAACCAGAAGCCAUGGAUUACAGGAAACAUCCGCACUGAGCUAAAGGGUAGAGCUGCCGCUUUCAAGGAACGGGACUCUAACCCGGACGCUUAUAAGAAAUCCCGCUAUGCCCUCCGACGAGCCAUCAAACAGGCAAAGAGUCAAUACAGGACUAAGAUUGAAUCGUACUACACUGGCUCUGACGCUCGUCGGAUGUGGCAGGGCUUGAAAACUAUUACAGACUACAAAGGGAAGCACAGCCGCGAGCUGCCCAGUGACACAAGCCUACCAGACGAGCUAAACCACUUCUAUGCUCGCUUCGAGGCAAGCAACACUGAAGCAUGCAUGAGAGCACCAGCUGUUCCGGAUGACUAUGUGAUCACGCUCUCCGUAGCCGAUGUGAGUAAGACUUUUAAGCAGGUCAACAUUCACAAGGCCGCAGGGCCAGACGGAUUACCAGGACGUGUACUCCGAGCAUGUGCUGACCAACUGGCAAGUGUCUUCACUGACAUUUUCAACAUGUCCCUGACUGAGUCUGUAAUAUCAACAUGUUUCAAGCAGACCACCAUAGUCCCCGUGCACAAGGACUCUAAGAUAACCUGCCUAAAUGACUACCGACCCGUAGCACUGACGUCUGUAGCCAUGAAGUGCUUUGAAAGGCUGGUCAUGGCUCACAUCAACAGCAUUAUCCCAGAAACCCUAGACCCACUCCAAUUUGCAUACCGCCCCAACAGAUCCACAGAUGAUGCAAUCUCUAUUGCACUCCACACUGCCCUUUCCCACCUGGACAAGAGGAACACCUACGUGAGAAUGCUAUUCAUUGACUACAGCUCAGCAUUCAACACCAUAGUGCCCUCUAAGCUCAUCACUAAGCUAAGGAUCCUGGGACUAAACACCUCCCUCUGCAACUGGAUCCUGGACUUCCUGACGGGCCACCCCCAGGUGGUAAGGGUAGGUAACAACACAUCUGCCACACUGAUCCUCAACACGGGGGCCCCUCAGGGGUGCGUGCUCAGUCCCCUCCUGUACUCUCUGUUCACCCAUGACUGCAUGGCCAGGCACGACUCCAACACCAUCAUUAAGUUUGCCGACGACACAACAGUGGUAGGCCUGAUCACCGACAAUGAUGAGACAGCCUAUAGGGAGGAGGUCAGAGACCUGGCCAUGUGGUGCCAGGACAACAACCUCUCCCUCAACGUGACCAAGACAAAGGAGAUGAUUGUGGUCUACAGGAAAAAAAAGAGGACUGAGCACGCCCCCUUUCUCAUCGACGGGGCUGUAGUGGAACAGGUUGAGAGCUUCAAGUUCCUUGGUGUCCACAUCACCAACGAACUAUCAUGGUCCAAACACACCAAGACAGUCGUGAAGAGGGCACGACAAAGCCUAUUCCCCCUCAGGAGACUGAAAAGAUUCGGCAUGGGUCCUCAGAUCCUCAAAAAAUUCUACAGCUGCACCAUCGAGAGCAUCCUGACUGGUUGCAUCACCGCCUGGUAUGGCAACUGCUUGGCCUCCGACCGCAAGGCACUACAGAGGGUAGUGCGUACGGCCCAGUACAUCACUGGGGCCAAGCUUCCUGCCAUCCAGGACCUCUAUACCAGGCGGUGUCAGAGGAAGGCCCUCAAAAUUUUCAAAGACUCCAGCCACCCUAGUCAUAGACUGUUCUCUCUGCUACCGCACGGCAAGCGGUACCGGAGUGCCAAGUCUAGGUCCAAAAGACUUCUCAACAGCUUCUACCCCCAAGCCAUAAGACUCCUGAACAGCUAAUCAUGGCUACCCGGACUAUUUGCACUGCCCCCCCACCCCGUCCUUUUUACGCUGCUGCUACUCUGUUAAUUAUUUAUGCAUCAUCACUUUAACUCUACCCACAUGUACAUAUUACUUCAACUACCUCAACUAGCCGGUGCCCCCACACAUUGACUCUGCACCGGUACCCACCUGUAUAUAUAGCCUCCCUACUGUUAUUUUAUUUUACUUCUGCUCUUUUUUCUCAACACUUUUUUUUGUUGUUUUUACUUUUUUUGUUAAAAAUAAAUGCAUUGUUGGUUAAGGCCUGUAAGUAAGCAUUUCACUGUAAUGUCUGCACCUGUUGUAUUCGGUGCAUGUGACCAAUACAAUACAAUUUGAUUUGAUUUGACUUGGUAUCUACAGUCGAUGCCCUGAAGGCAACAUCCAGUGAGGCUUACAAAUAAGUGUCCCGUUCAACAUUUGCCAAUCACUUUGGAACAAAUGCAGAAGAUCCACACUUGCAGCCAAAACGGUUGAAGAUGCUACAAGUUGGAACUCCUGGUUCAUGGCUAUAGAAAGACUCCUGAGGAUUGUCAAAGACAAAGGAGAAGCGGCCAUCAGAGUUCUCUGCACAGACUUCGAGGUUCCAAUGUAAGUAAGGAUUAUGUAUUAUUUUGUCAUAAUUUAAGGUCUUGAAUGUUGUCUAAAUCUGUUGCAGUGUUAAUUAACAGUAUUUUAUUAUUCAUAAACAACUGUGUAUAGUGUACAUUUUGACACUUCAUAGAUUUGAGAACCACCCAUUUAAACUACAAUCCUGCCUUUGUGGUUCAGUCUAAUGGGUAGCCUACUUAGCCCUGUUGCUUUGGUUUAUAUAGAUGGGGGAUGGAUUAAUGUAGGCUCAUAACGGCAUGAUUUCUAUUGUUAUCUUCCUAGUAUUUCAGGAGUGGACUACAUCAAGGACCACCUGGAACUCUUGCUGCAGCUAGGUGAUGGCACCAGUUCAUCAGAUGAGGAGGACUUCUUCUCUGCCAUGAAGACAAACUCGAGCACAAGAAAGCUCCAAAAAGCUGGACGGAUACCUGGCCUGUUCAGCUGAUCAUAUGGAUUUGCUCAAGUCCUUCCCGGCAGUCUGUAAGCUGUCUCUGAGGCUAAACACACCCUUACCUGCAUCAGCUGCAUAUGAAAGGCUGUUCAGCAUUGCAGGACUUGUUUUCAGCCCCAGGAGAGCAAGGCUGGAUUCCAGAAACUUUGAAAACCAGCUUUUACUGAACUGUAAAUUCUUCAACUUCAAGUAAUGACAGCUUAACGCUAGCAAUCCCAGGACACGGAUGCCUUAUGCGUUUUGUUAAUUUAAGUGCUUACGUUUCCUGGCUAUAUUCCUUCAUUAUUAAGGCAUAAUUCUGUUUUGUCUGUAAGAGAUGUAUUUUGAAGUGUUGCCUAUUUGAGGAUCCACAUUCUUUUUGUAUCCGUAAGACUAUUACCUUUCAGAAAAACUCAAACCAAAUAAAAGGUCUGGCUGUUUUGCUUUUUGGAUUUACGGCUCUUACGUUUCUUAAUUUUACUUUUGAUACUUAAGUACAUUUGACUGUUAGUUUUUCUUUAAGAAGCCCUCCUGUUCUCCACUCAUUACCUGUAUUAACUGCACCUGUUUGAACUCGAACUUGGUGACUUUCACUUUUACUGAGUCAUUUUCUAUUAAGGUAUCUUUACUUUUACUCAAUUAUGACAAUUGAGUACUUUUUACACCACUGCUGUUGGGUUUUUACUGCCCGAGCCAUCUCUCCCUGGUACGUCAUUAUACACAAACACCAAUUCAUUCUAUGGAAUGCAUGCUGUAGGUUUUAUCACCAAACCAUCAUAAAUCUACUAUCAGUGUUAACAGACACAUGAGAGUUCUAAGAACCCUAUUCUAUUGCAGAAAACAACCAUUUGAUGCAAUAACAGUAUUACAACAUAAUCUUGUAAUUUUUGCUCUCACGUGUGUUGUCUCACGCUAGUUUGGUGUGGUGCGGACGGUCGCCCAUUAGGCUAUUAGAUUAUGUGGUAAGAGCCUCAGAGCUCAUGGGAGAAUCCCCCUCCCCCCCUCAAACUGGAACAUGACCAUCAUUAUCAUAGUUUUAGGAUCCUCAUUUCCAUCUUCAGACUUAAACUCAUAUUAAUGUUUUUAUAGUAAUGUGAUACAGUUCAUGCUUUUGUAUUACAUGUUUUAUUUAUAUAUAAGAAUCUAUAGAAAUCUGAAUGUCCUCAACAUUGACAUACAUUUUAUUUUUAUAUCUCCCGCAUGCCAUUCAGAUCCCAUCUACUUCUGGCAGCAGACAAUAGAGGAUAUAACAGUAUCUGUGCGUAUGCCUGAAGGCAUCACCAAAGACGACGUGCUCUUCAAGCUCUCCAUGGAAAGUGUGAGUGUGGGUGUGCAGGGUUUUGCCCCCCUGCUGGAGGGUCAGCUGCACGCCCCUGUGGACCCCGAAGCCAGUGCCUGGAUCAUCAAAGACGAGAAAAGGUUAGUGGCCUGGCCAGCCCGCCCUGAAAGGUUCAGAGAUACUGAUGCCCAGAGACCUGGUUGAAAGUAGUGCACUACUUAGGGAAUAGGGUGCAAUUUCGGAUGCAGGCACACAUCUGCUUUUACUCAGCCCAGAGUCAUGAGUCAGAUUUCCUUUCAUGGUGAAUUCACCUUUUUGACAAUAUCAGAGCGUUGCCACUAUUUACAAACAAACAAGAAACUAUAUUAUGACUCAUGA